AGACAUGAAGAUUGAAGAAACAUUCAAACAUGAAGAUACUGAGGAACAAACAGAUCUGAUGACACUGAAAGAGGAGAGUCCAGAACUCAGUGUUCAGCAUGAGAAAUAUGAUUUCAUGACUGGAGAAAAGUCAUUUAGUUGCUCGCAUACUGAAAAGAGUUCACGAAGAAGAGCUCAAAAGACAGCAAAUAGAAGGCAUUUCACCUGCCAACAGUGUGGGAAAAGUUUCAGCAGAAAAGAACAUCUUGAAGUCCACACGAGAGUUCACACUGGAGAGAAACCUUUCACCUGUCAACAAUGUGGAAAGAGUUUCAUUAAAAAACAAAACCUUAAAAAACAUAUGAAAAUUCAUACAGGAGAGAAGCCUUACACAUGUUCUCAGUGUGGAAAAAGUUUUAAACAUAAACAACACCUCGAUGACCACAAGAGAAUUCAUACUGGAGAGAAACCUUUCACCUGCCAACAGUGUGGGAAGAGCUUCACUAAAAAAGGAAACCUUAAAGACCACAUGAGUGUUCACACUGGAGAGAAACCUUUCACAUGUUCUCAAUGUGGAAAUAGCUUCACUAAAAAAGGAACUCUUAAAACCCACACGAGAAUUCAUACAGGAAAGAAACCUUUCACGUGUUCUCAAUGUGGAAAAAGUUUUAAUCAUAAUCAACAUCUCAAGGACCACAUAAGAGUUCACACAGGAGAGAAACCUUUCACCUGCCAACAGUGUGGAAAGGAUUUUACUCAAAAAGGAAACCUUAGGAAACAUAUGAAGAUACACACUGGAGAGAAGCCCUUUACAUGUGAUAAGAGUUUUGAAUAUAAAGUAGCACUUUAACAUGUACAAUCACACUGGUUGUUGUUCAGUGUCGUGAUUAACUGCUAAAUUCAGAUAUGCUUUUGUGUUUGGCUGAUGCUGAGCUCCAUUGACAUCUUCCAUCGGCAGACACUUCUGGACCCCAUGACCGUUUAUGGCAUUU